GCUCAUGCUCACCACCACAACUCACUGCACCAUCUCCUCUCACUACACCUACAGCAGCAGCGGCAUUGUCCCAGAGCGAGCAUCAUCAACUAGCUCAUCCGGCAAUGGCUUUCAACCCAAACCCUCCAGGCCUCGGCUUCCCCUUCCCCUUCUUCCCUCCACCCAACACCUACGCUCCUCCAAACCCUUUCGGUCCAAGGCCGCCACCAAGCCCUUUCGGUCCAAGGCCGCCGCCACGCCCUCAAGCGCCGCCACCGCCACGACAGCCUGCGCCACCCGUUCAACCCCCGCCGCGCCCUCAAGCCCCACCACCACCACGGCAGCCUGCGCCACUCAUUCGACCCCCGCCGCCUCCACGCCGUGCUCCCCCGCCACCAACCCAGCCUCCUCCUCCACGCCGUGCUCCACCUCCGCCAACUCAGCCCCCACCUCCACCCCGGCGUGCGCCACCGCCGCCGCGCCGUGCUCCACCUCCACCCUCACCACCGCCACCUCGUCGUGCUCCACCCCCACCAUCACCGCCCAUUCGCCCACCUCCACCACACCCACUAGCCCCACCACCACAUAUCAGCCCGCCAACACCUCCGCCUAGCCCUCCACACCACAUGGUCAUCAUCAUGGUGUUCGUCUCCCUAGGCGGGCUCCUCCUGCUUGCGUGCCUAGCUGCCUUCUGCUUGCACAAGAAAAAGAAGAGGAAGACAGAAAGGAGGGCAGAGGUACUGAACUUCAGCGACCAUGUCCAUGUCCACAAAUCGGCCAUGUCAGGGCCUGGGGGAUCCAAGGCCGUCAGGCUGACAGUUGACGAGGACGUCAAGUUCCAAGAGGUGGUUAAGGAAUCAGAGGCCGUCAACAAAGAGUCAGGCACAGCCACAGCAGGAAACCACAACGCUUGGAUGUGGAACAAGAAACAGAAGGGCAAAGCAAAGCAGGAUUCAGAGGUCAUCAACGUCACCGGACACAUCCAUGUUGAUGAGAAGAUCGAGUCAGGGCCCCACGGCGAGAAGAUUGAGGUCCUUUCAGAAGAUGAAGAUAUCAGGUUUGAAGAGGCAGACAACAAAGAAAAAUCAUCUGCAAAAUCAAAGGCACGCGUUACCAAGUUCUAAGACGAUGGCACAAUCUGCCCAAGAUUGCCUGCACUGAUGACACUUCAGCAGCUCGAGGCAAUGAUCAAAUCCACACCCACACUGGUUUCAUGCAUUUAUUAUUUUGAUAAAGACUGUAUCUUCCUUCGUGUGAUUGAAAUAAGGGCGUCGGAGACCCAAUUUGAUUGAA